AAGAGGAAAUGGACGAAAGGAUCGCAACAAUACGUGCAUUUUCUGAUUCGACAACUGUACGCUUAUUUAUCGAUGACCUACAAGGCGAUUUUGGUUGCUAUUCAUGUUUUGACGAUCAUAACCGAGAUUGUACGUCUUUAUCUUGGUUAUUACGGAAAUAUUGCUGAAAAGAUCCCAGCAUUGUCCGGAUUUUGGAUAACAACGGUGAUUUUACAACUGCCGAUGGUUAUAUUUUUGAGUGUUAAUGAGGACAUCGUUCCACUUCCUCUCGAGCGUACCGUCUACGCCAUUCACGUUGUUUUUCUGAUUGCUCAGGUUUGA